GAGGAGACAGGUGCACCAGCGGAUGGAUGGUGCGACUUGCGGACCAAUGCAGCCGCAGAGGUCUCGAGUGUUCGUUUAGAGGAAAGUCGGAUGCAAUUAGAUAAGGGGAAAGCAUCAGACACAGCAGAUGAUCAUGACGAGAAUAAAGACCAAUCAUCUACUUCUUCCUCUUCACAAUCUCAAGGAGUCGUCGCGUCUAUCGCGUCCGAGUUGAUGCCGACUGCGCUUGUGGAAGCGGUUGCUGGAACGAGUGGGACGGCAGAGUCAACAACAUCCUUGUUCUAUCCUGCCUUUAUUCUUGUGUACUCUACGAGUUCGGAUCCGGCUGCUUACAGUCUUUCGGUUUCUGAGGUCAGGAAUGCGGCGGACGAGGACGAAAAAGCAGCCAAGGAAGCGGAAUCAUCGUCCUCAUCUUCAGGAUCGGGAUCCUCAAUAUUGCCAACUUUGUCAUCCAUGCUGCAAAGUGCUGAAGAGACCAGAACAGCUGAUCCGUCUAGUGAAGAAGUUAUGGUCGUGUUAAAUGUAUUGAGUAUUCUAGUUCUACUCCUGACCACAAAGUCAAAGACGAGACGAAGAACACCGAUCCUCUGGUAAAAACCAACAGCAACAUCCAUCACCAAGAAGGUUUCUGUCUGACUGUAAUUGAACAUCCAUUUCCAUCAACAGCAACGUCUCCUGUGUCUAAUUCUCCUUUGAGCACAACGACGCCUGCCCCUAUGCGAUCGCUGCCGGAUGGCUUGCCAGUUGCGCUACGAUUCGAGAAGGCUG